AUGGCUGAGAUGUACCAGGCAUGGAUGAAAGGGCAUCCUCCUCCAUCAUAUCCUGCCAACCCCACUUCCGUCCCACCGCUAGCUCAAGAACCCCCUGUCAUCGAUCUAUCCCCACAACAUACCCCAAGCUUCAACCUUUACCACCACUAUACGGGUUCCUCCUCCCAAACUGUCCAAGCUCCAUUAGCCAAAUCGACCGCAUGUCCCCCUCCACCAGCUACCCCAGUUUUAGUGGCACCUCCACCAGCCACCCUCCACCGGUCUUCCAGCGAACCAGCACUCCAAGCCCAAGACAACCAGUAUUACACCCCGGAGCCCACUUUCAAAAUCCCAGAUCAUUACUCAUACACCCCCCGUUUCGACCUUCCUGUCGAGACCGAGAAAUUACCCAAAAACCUGGAAUAG